AUGACAGCAUCGUGCCUGCUUCUGAAUUACACGCACUUGCCUACGUCCAUACCUACCUAUGAACCUUCUACCUUACGUACCUAUAUAGGAAUUCAUCAAGUCGUCACUUCCCCCUCUGAACGUAGACUUAUACAUGCUAGGCUAGCAUUGCGUCCUACAAGACAUCAUGGCACAUGCAAUUCUUUCCCUGAUACAUCUAACAUACUGGUAGUCAUUAAGACCGGAGCCACUGAGUCAUAUGCAAGAAUUCCCCUCCAACUGGUCACUACCUUGAGAUGCCUCCCUGACUUCCUUAUCUUCUCAGAUAUGGAGCAGAACAUUGCUGGAUAUCACGUAUACGACAGCCUGGAUACUUUGCUCCCCGAAGUGACUAAGGGAAAUCAGGACUUCAAUCUCUAUCGUCGCCAAAAGGCCUGCGUGGUGGAUCAGCAGAGUUGUAACAGCAACGGAAAUCUUGGCAGUGAGUUUGACGGCUGGAUUCUGGACAAGUACAAGAAUGUCCAUAUCAUCGAGAAGACCUACAAACUACGCCCCGACUAUGAUUGGUACCUUUUCAUCGACGCCGACACGUAUGUUCUCUGGAACAAUCUUGCUCAAUGGUUACGCCAGCUAGAGACUCUGCCUAAAGAGAGGUAUUAUAUCGGUAGCGUGGCCCUCACUAACGAAUUCCGGUUCGCACAUGGCGGUAGCGGAUAUAUUCUCUCACAAUGGACUAUGAAGGAGUUCGUUGGAAACCACUCCGGCAUCGCUAACCAGUACGAUAUGAAGGCUAAGGAGUCAUGUUGCGGAGACGUUGUGCUAGCCCUAGCCUUGAACGAAACGAUUGGGGUUGGUGUUAGAUAUGCUUGGCCGACCAUCAACGGCGAAAAACCCUUCACCAUCCCAUAUGGCCCACGCGAGUGGUGCCACCCCCUUGUGACCAUGCACCACAUGAACCUGGAGGAGAUCUCCUCGUUUUGGAAGUUCGAGAAGCAAUUCUAUGAAUCUCAAGGCGCACCUCAGGCUACGAUACGGUUCAGGGACAUCUAUCACGAGUUUGUCGAACCCAAACUAAAACCUAGACGCGACGACUGGGACAACAUGAGCGAAGACGUGGUGUACCUAGACCCGAACCGUGGAGACACGUUCCUGCCGUGGCAAAGGGAAAAAGACCGUCUCAAAAAGCUGCAGCAUCAGCUCCACGUGCCGUCCAUCGAGAUGAAUGCAUAUAAGUCAUUCGAGGACUGCCGUAAGUUAUGUAAAACCGUUAAUGACUGCUUCCAGUUCUCAUACCAUGCCGGCGCUUGUAUCUACAAUAAGUCUUUCAGGCUAGGAAAACCAACUAUGAAGGCGGGUAAUCGGGACGACAAGUGGAUCAGUGGGUGGGACGUUGAACGGAUUCAAGCAUGGGUAGAGGAGCAGGGACAAUGCGACGAUCCUGUGUGGCCUAACUUUCGACAGGGAUUCUAG